AUGGCAGCUCCAUUGUACGUCACCCAGUCUGGAAGACUGUUCCAUGCCGGUCUGAUUCUCAUAGUCACAGUGGGACUACCAGCUCGAGGUAAAACUCACAUCUCGAGAGCACUGGAGAGAUAUCUGCGAUGGUUAGGUGUGAAAACGAGGGUUUACUCUUUAGGUGAUUAUAGACGAAAGGUAUUGGGUGGUGCACAGAACGUACCUCCGGAUUACUUUCAGACGAAAUCCCCUCGGUCAGAGGCUACCAACGCCCUUCGACGUCGGAUCAAAAACGAGUUGGAAGAUCAGAUCAUGGAUUUCUAUACUGUCCAAGGUGGUCAGGUCGUUAUAUAUGAUGCGAAUAAUGGGAAUGUGAAAAAUAGGAAAGAUUGUUAUGAGAAAUUCGAAAGUAAAGGUGUUCACGUUAUCUUCUUGGAGAGUGUAUGCGAUCAAGAAGAAAUCAUCACUGCUAAUAUAAGGAGUGUCAAAUUAUCGUCACCUGAUUAUGCAGGUUGGGAUGCCGAUCGGGCAGUAGCAGAUUACUGGAGUCGAAUUCGUGAUCAAGAACAAGUGUAUGAUACGGUCACAGCGGAUGAAGGUCCUUUUAUCAAAGUCAUGAAUGUUGGUGAGAGGAUUGAAGUAAAUAGGAUAGAAGGAUACCUACAAACGAGAUGUUGCUUCUUCUUGAUGAACAUACAUACGAAACCAAGGACGAUAUAUUUUGCCAGGUCCGGUCAAUCCCUCAUCGAACAUUCCUACAAAGCAGAUUCCGAUCUAUCCCCAGCAGGAUGGGAAUACUCUGAGAGGAUGAAAGCUGCUGUUAUAGCUAGACGAAAGGCAUUGAAAGAAGAGAAGAAAGCUAAUGGCGAAGCAGUAGGGAAUGAAAACCCAUUGCUCAUUUGGACAUCCGCGAGGAGACGAGCGUAUCAUACCGCAUGGCCAUUCGUCCAUUCUGGAUUUAAGGUAGUUCAGAAACCCAUCAUGAGUGAAAUCAACCCUGGUGUAUGGGAUGGGUUAUCGACUGGCGAAGCGAUGGAAUUAUAUCCCGAUGAAUGGGAUAGGUUCUUGAGUGAUCCGUAUGCCCAUAGAGCUCCGAGGGCGGAAUCGUACCAUGACCUCAGUGUUCGACUUGAACCCGUCAUCUUUGAGCUGGAGAGAUGUCAAGAUGAUCUUUUGAUCAUUGGACACGCGUCCGUUAUUCGAUGUUUGCUCGCGUAUCUCGUCGGAUUACCUCCUAACGAAGUUCCAGCUGUCGAGAUUGCAAGAGGAGAUUUGGUAGAAGUUACACCUGCGAGUUAUGGAGUCAUCUCCAGGGCAUUCCAUUUCUGGUCAGGAGAAGGUCGAGGUGACGCUUCUGGUGAAAACCUUUAUGAGAACUUUGCCGAAUCGACCUCAGGCAAAGGGACAGUCUUACCUGAUUCAGGUGUGAAUUUCGCCGCCGACGCAUUCAACAUGGAACAAGAAGCCGAAGAGGAAGAAAAAAUCGAGAAGGAGAUUCAAGCUGAUAAUUUGGCUAAGUCGUUGAAAGGGAAGAUAUUGAAUAAAUUGCAUAAUUCAAGUAAAGACGGUACGAGGUCUGCACCUCAUCCUCACCCGCAGGGGCAAUCUACUUUACCUCAUUUACAGGAGGACAAGGAAAAUGAACGGGAAGAAAGGACGACGGGGAGCGAUGCCGAGUACGGUAAUAGUCCUGCUUCGGAGGAAGUGCUUAGUGAAGGGGAUUUGGAAGGUAAAGAGGGGGGAAGUCUAAGAGCAAGAGCUAGUGAGUUGCAGGCCUUCGAUAUCUGGAAUGAGAUAGAAGAAGCUGACAAAGUAUCUGGAUAA